AGUGCGCAGGAGGGGGUGUUGGUGUUGGUGGUGGCGGCGGUGGAGAGAGAGACGGGAUAUAGGACGGGCAUCACACGGAGGUUUGGCUGCAGACUCGCCGGGGUCUCUUUCGCCGCCUCGCCCUCUCCAGACGCAUCAGAGAGUUGUUUGACAUUACAACACAAGAAGAAAAACGUAAAGACGACUGGACCAACAAGAUAUCUUCAAGUUUGGUGGUUACAUGCUUGGUGUUCUUUGACUUAGAGGAAAAACUACUCUACCAAGCAACAGGAAACAUGGAUUUUGUAAUGAAGCAAGCGUUGGGUGGGGCCACCAAGGACAUGGGUAAGAUGCUCGGCGGGGAGGAAGAGAAGGAUCCGGAUGCAGCUAAGAAAGAAGAGGAGCGACAGGAGGCGCUGAGGCAACAGGAGGAGGAGAGAAAGGCCAAACAUGCCCGAAUGGAGGCAGAGAGGGAAAAAGUACGACAGACCAUCAGGGACAAGUACGGCUUGAAAAAGAAAGAGGAAAAGGAGGCGGAGGAGAAAGCAGCCAUGGAGCAGGCAUGUGAGGGAUCACUGACACGCCCAAAGAAGGCAAUCCCUAGAGGCUGCGGAGAUGACGAAGAGGAUGAGGAGAGCAUUCUCGACACCGUCCUUAAGUACCUUCCCGGACCUCUACAGGAUAUGUUCAAGAAGUAAAACAGAAAAACAAAGCGAAUCAAACGAACCCUAAAUUUAGGGUCCGUUCUGGCCUGGGGCCAGGCUGCAGGGCAAUGGGGAAGCAGGGAUCUUUGUGUCGGAGAUUAUAUGUCAAAUGGCUUUGAUUCUAGAUGUUUGAGUUUCAAAAUUCGUCAGGAGCAAAAAGGAUCUGGGAGGGGGCGGGGUUUUCUCAAACUUUUAGAGGCUGCACACUGCCUUUGUAGAGACCUUUUACUUCUUUCUUUUCUACUCUUCAAAGAUUUCAUUAUUUGAAGUUUUGGUUUUUCCUGCAUUAUUCUCUCAACUGCCAAGUAGUGCAUGUUUUAUCCUUUUCUUACUUUUAUGGUGUAUUGAUUUAGACUGAAGCAUUCGUCACAUUCCUUUAAUGGACAACAACAUUCCACAGUGCACACAUUUUCAAAGAGCACUGCCGCCACGUUUUCCAGCAAGCUUCAGUCACCAUAGUGGGCGUUUUCUACUUUUACAAGCCUAAAGAAGGCCUUUUAAUGACAUUUGCUACAUUAGAAACGUUUUUAGGACACGUGCCUUCAUAUCAUCUCCUCUUUCAGAGGAAGUCGUAAGUGAGGGAUUAAUUUGUGAGUCAAUGUAGUUGUUCAAAGACAGUUUUGGGAAUGAUCUAUUUUGUGUUAAAAUAGCACUAUUUUUCGCACAAAGGUGUUCAGGAAAUCCUUCAAGAGGCCGUUUUGUUUUACAAAUAAAUUGCCAACAGCUUAUUAGACUGCCACCAAGUAAAAAAAAAAUGUUAAGCAGGCAAGAAAAUAGAAAAUUUUAUAUUCAAGCAGAUCUUCCAUAACCCUUUGAAUAAUUUUAAUUUAGUCUGUAUGACAGAUGGAAAAGAUAUAAACAAAGUUAGCAGUCUGAUUGACUUAGACAAUCAAACAACUCAACCCUGAAAUGCUUGGGAGUUUCUCUUACUCCUGUGGUUGAUAAAUGUUUUCUCAUUUAGAUCACAAACUCAUAUUUUAUUACACCUUUUCAUUAUUAUAUUUUAAUGGAUAUUACUUAUCAGACAAUGAUUGAAAGUACUGUUUCUUCUAUUUUGUUAACGGGCUGCAAAAAUUUAUUUCAGUGCAACUAAGAUUGUUAUUUUUCGAUGUUCACCUCAAGUGAAGCUCAUCGACAUCAAGACCAAAGAAAUCCUGGUGAGAUCUCUCUGUUUCUUUCGUCGCCACCAGUUUGCUUGCUGGUGAAAAACUCUACCAUACUGCGUAGAAAACAAAAGUUUAGGCCAAGCCGGAGAGGGACGGGUGUGUGAGCUGUUGCACCUCACUGCCUGAAGAGCUGAUAGUACUUCACUUUCCUGCAUCUUUUAGUCCAACAACAAAAAACAACUAUAGUGAUUCGUCACGUCGUAUUUGAGUAGAUGUACUGUGAUUGAGCAAACAUCUCUAGUGAAAGUACUUGAAUAUAUGGACGUUCAUGGGUAAAACAAAGCAUGUUGGUCAUUCCUAAACAACCUGAUGGCGAGUCAGUGGUUAGUUAUGCAGCGUGUGUGAUUAAUACAUUGUUCCAAUGUAAAUAAAUUUAGAGAUUAAUAGGACUGAUGAUAAAGCUGCACACUGUAAAACCUGUUCCUUUAUUUUACUCAUUUUAUAGCACAGAUAGGACUUUUCACUAGACAAAGCCAUAUUGUUUAGACUGCAAUAAUUACUUAAAAUGAUUAAAAAAAACAGUAUAUUUCAACAUUGAAGCUGUCUGUUUGUUUUCUGUUAUAAAAUUAGACAAAAUGUUUGUUUGUAUAUCUUCACCACUAUCUUGUAUACUUCAUGUAUACGCAAGAAAAAUAUAUGGAAAAAAGAAUCCAUUGUUAGAAGCGUCUCUGUAUUAUUAUAUGUGAACUGUAAGUGUGUGCGUGUUUAUAUGUGUGUCUUUCUACAUGUCUGUGAUGUGAGACAAUGUUGUUGAUUCACAUAGUCCUUGUUUAAAACUGUAAAUGUGUCUUUGAGCUAUAAUGUGCAAAGGAAGAAGUUGAUUUUGUCUCCUAGUUGUGCCAUGCCUGAAGAAAAAAAAAAGAUACUCAACACAUUCCUUUUAGAUAUUGAGCAUGCAAGUGUUUGGUAGAGACAAGAAAAAACCGAAUGUCACACACAAAGAAAUAUAUGUGUUUAAUCUUGAGCUGCUGUUUCUGUAGGAGUCUCUAGGCAACAGAAUCUGUGCAUUGGAUCCAGAAAAUGAGCUCUAUCUGUGGCUUGAGGAGUCUUUCAUGUUUUUUGCUUUCUGAGUUGAACAAGUGGAGGCUUCAUUGUUUGUAGUUUUUGGAUGUGAAGCAAAUAUAAAGGCAUUGAGAGCAGGAAAUAAUUCAUGUGAUUUCCAAAACACACUGCCCCUUUUUGCUCCCUAAUUUGAAAAAGACCAAACCAUUUCCACUGCGAAACUGGUCCAAGUCCCUCCUUAAGCACCAGUUCUUGCCACUUCCCCUCCCACGAUUUGGGCUGUGGCCUGAAUAAACUGGUGCUUUCUUGUCUGAAAUUUAAAACCAGCGGAUGUGGAAGGAAUGAGAUCAACAAACAAGCACAAUUUAAUGAGCACCAUUUUCUAAACUUGUCUAAUUAAGGACCAAAGAACAAAUUUAUAAUUAACAAUGUGGGCUAGGAUUGGAAUCACUAACUGUCUCUGAUCUUCCAGCCUUUUAAAUUUAAAUCCAAAAUUAUUCAUAACCCUGGCAGAUUUAAAAUUCUAAUCAUAUUUGUCCAACUAAGAAGUCCGUUUCUGUUAAGAAGUGAGAUGGGCAUUUUUUUAAAAAUAAUGAAAAAGUAAAAUGGGUAUCAGUUAAGAAAAUAUUUUUAAAAAAUAAUAAAUUAUAAUUGCUGACCAGCAGUUUGUAUAUUUUCACUGGUCUUUGAGAUCCAGGAUUUGAGGUUGAAACACCUCUUUACCAUCACCCUAAUGUUUAGUUCCCUUCACAGAUUCUCAGGCUGCACUUACCAGAAGAGUGUGCCAGGAUUUUCCAAAUGUUCUCUACCCCUACCCAAAUUUAAAGUUGAUUAAUACUUUUUUCAUCAGCAGUGGAGUCUUGCGUGGUCAAAGUACAAAAAGGACCAUUGUAACUGAGUGCUGUCAUUGGUUUGAUGGAAAAUUACACCUAACGUUUUUUCUAAAGCUCUCAUCAAAUGUUGAUGGGCUGUUUAGACUCCUCUGUCAAAAAAAAUCUAUGCUUGUGUAAAGUGUUUGUAAUCAGAAAGGUUGUUACAGGCCAAACGUUUGAACUAAGAGCAAAUAUAUGAUGCAUUUCUUCAAAUGCCUUGAUUAUUUGGGUUAUUGCCAACAUCUUGUGAAAAAUGAAAGCCAACAGGCCAGUUGCAAAUAUAUUCACUGAAAACAAACAUUAAACAUGUGUUCAACGCUUUUGUUUUAUUUAAUGCAUCUCACUUUCACUGGCUAAUCUGAGGAUAAUCCCCUGCAUUAAUUACUUCCAAGCAAAGAUUCCUUAAAUAUAUUGUGCUUCAAAGGACAGGCCCCUCUCACCGGCUGUACUUGGAAAACAUUAAAUGCACCUACACAUGGGAGCUACCAAAAAGAGAUUUGACUAGCAUUUGUCAUUGGCCCUUUGUGGAAACAACAGCCAUACAUUGUCUGUAUGUGACAUGGUCUCUCGGCGGGACUCAUCUCAAGGCGUCACGAUAUGUGAACUGUCUUUGAAAAGGGCUACUUCCACGUUGUUAAUGUGAGGUUAGUGUGGCAUUUCUGUUGCAUCUGUGCUUGUCCUCAACUCAUCCUACGACAUAAGAUACAUAAAAACCAAUGAGUAGUUUUAAUGCCAUUUUUUUUAUGGUUAGAAAAAAAGACAGUAUAGAAAACAUUUGUGUUUUAUUAGGACAGAACCAUAUUUGGAAGUGUGAGCGAUAAAAGAUUUCUGACAGGACAGGAAAUGAAGCCCAGAUACAUCAGCUUCCUUCUGAUGUUCCUCUUUAAGAUCCUAAAUGUUGAUGUAAUUAGUAGCGGGAAAAGCAUAAACAAAAAGACUGGAUUGUCAAAGCAUGUUCUGUUGUCAGGAGCCCCAGAAACAAACAUUUAAAAACAUCAGUUCAUCUUCUUCUAUUCAAAAACAGUGAAAUUAGUGAACAUUUUUGUAGAGUGAAGAAAAAUCUUCAAACAAGGUUUAGCUUUUAUGGAAGAUAUUUUAUUUCUAACAUUUUGAUAUGAACUUACUGCCCUGCUGAAUCCUGCCAGUGAUUGUCAUGUUUACUCUCCCUGUAAGGACAGGAGACAUUCUGAUAAACACUUGAGCAACUUUGAACACAUCUUAGUCUUUGUUGCCAUUUGCACUAGAAUAUGUUCAUAUUCUUAUACUGAUUAAUUUAUUGGCAUCUGCAAAUCACUCUUGCUUUUAGCGUCUGCAAAUGAAGAAGGCGAAAAAGAGAGGAAGUGAGCAGCUUUUUAAAACUUUAAACUGGUGAUGUACGUCCAGUUCAAAAUACUUAAACAUAAAUCCCUGAAUGUUGUUGAUUUGAACUUUCUCUUCAGUUCUUUAUUUGUUAUUCGGGGUGAAAAUUAUUCCAGGGUGAAGAAUGUAAAAUAAGAGUAUACUGUGUUUUUUCUUUCAAUUUAUUUUCUUAAAUGCAUGUCAUGUACUCAGUGUGGAGCCCAAUCACUGUAAACGGCAUCAUCAAUGUAACUGAAUCAUUCUUUUUGGAAACUAAAUGCAUUAAACAAAUAAAAAAGAAGAAGGUUUAUAAAAAUCUAA